AUGGAAUAUUAUUCGUCUUUAGAUGCUUCUCAGUUGGAUUCUGAAAGACCGACAUUAUUUGAGCUAAUAUCUGCAAAUCAAUUAGAGUCAUUAUUAUCUCCAUCAUUACGAUACAUUUUGGUUCACUAUGCCAGUAAAUAUCCUCGGUACUUGUUACAAUUAAACAAUAAUUUUGAUGAACUCAAUUUAUUAUUACGAAGUUUUAUUGAAUGGUAUUUUUUAACUUAUUGGCAAGGGACAUUCACAGAAAACUUUUAUGGAUUGAAAAGAGUUAGUCAAACUCCUCUUUCUCAAGGGGAGUAUAAUUCUAGUCGUUUGACUCAAUUGGUACCAUCUAUGAUUGAAGAAAGAAGAAAAUUAUCUAAAUUACAGAAAUUAGUGUCAUUAUUUGAAGUUACUGGGGUAUCAUUUGUGUCUGAAAAACUAAAUUAUUGUUACGAAGUAUGGUAUACCAAAUAUGUGACCAAUCAAUUGAAUACAAGCGAUACUUUAACCACACAAGAAAAUGUCAAAAUAAAAAUAAAACGUAAAUUUGUUGAGAUAUAUCCAUAUUUACAAAGUGCUUAUAGAGCAGCAAAUUUUAUCACUACAUUGUUAUACUUGAGUGGGUCUUCAAAAUCACCAACCUUGUUGACUUAUUUGUUUAGAAUCAACUUUUCUCGUUUAAACCAAUAUGAUUAUUCCAAGAAUGAACCUAAACAACCGUUAAAUGAUUCUAAAAAACCAAAUAGAAUACACCCACCAACAGCAAUAGAGUAUAUUUUGAUGUUGUUGAGUAAUAAUGUGACCAAACCUUCUUGGAAGGCAAUAAAAUUUGUGUUGGGGACGUUUUUCCCAGUAGCCAUUUUCACAUUGAAAUUCCUUGAAUGGUGGAAUAAUUCCGAUUUUUCAUCGAAACUUUCUAAAAAUUUAGGUAAUGUUUUGGAUUUUACUUUGCCACCACCAUCAUCAUUAACUUCUGCACUUAGAUCUUAUAAAAAUGAAGAGAAGAAAGACAGCGGAACAGAAAUAAAACAACAAAAGAAAAAGCAGUACAAAUCAGGUAAAGUAUGUCCAUUGUGUAAGAAGGAGUUGACCAAUCCAGCUAUAAUUGAAACAGGAUACGUUUUCGACUAUAGUUGUAUUUAUAAUUAUUUGGAGAAAUCACAUAUAAUUGUAUCGAAGAAACUUCAAACCAAACAGAAAGAUGAAGAAGACGACAAUAUUUAUUCUGAGGAUGAGAGUGAAGAUGAAAAUAUUGAAAACGAAAAGAAAGAAGAAGCAAAAGAAAAAGAGAAUGUUGUUAUUGACAUUAACAAAGGUGGCAGAUGUCCAAUAACUGGACGUAGAUUGUUAGGAUGCAAAUGGAAUCCCAUCAAAGAAGAAUGGGAGAUUGAAGGGAUUAGAAGACUUAUAUUUUAG